CAUAAUGACGUUGUUCAAUGUGGCAGACAUGACUUCCAGUGCUGAGACUGCUACUUACGGUGUAACCAUCACCAUCAGAACCUCAACAAGUUCACAUACUUGCGAGUUCAACAUGUGACGUCGUUACCCAGAGCAAGCUUUUAGUGUUCGAGUACUGUGGUUCGGUACGCCACACCGUCUGACGGCCUUCGCUACCCUGCUUUCAUGAAAAAACUGCACUUUGCUUCGUUUCGGCGGCUUUGCCGAACGAUGGCCCUCCUGUGACAUUUGAUCCCCUCCACGACAUCUAUUGGUUUCGGACUUUGUUGUAUAAGGAUUCCGUCACCUCAGGGCUUCCGGUUGUCCUAUCCUUCGACUCGAAACUGCGAUGCCAGGAAAUACGCGCAGAGUACUCCUUAUCGUAGAUGCUCAAACGGCAGCGCUCUCUCCCCCACCAACCGGAAUUCCCUCCUCAGAAACGGUCCGCAAGAACAUUGCGCAAAUUUUAGAAACUGCGCGGUCCGCAAAUCCACCACCAUUGAUAAUCCACAUUCGAACUGCAGGUGAUGUCGGAGAACCUGAUGAGCCAAAUGCACCGGGAUGGGAGCUUGUCAACCCGCCACUGCCAAACGAGCCAGUGAUCGAUAAGAAGAAGAAUAAUGCUUUUGCGGGGACAAUGCUCGGGGAGCUCAUAGUUCCUGAUGCAGAGAUCGUUGUGGUUGGACUGCAGUCGGAUUUCUCUCUGAGAGCGACUUGCAGUGCUGCUUUAGACCGUGGUAACGAGGUGCUGAUGAUUCGGGGCGCCCACGGGACGUAUGAUCGCCUAGAAGUACUUUUUGGAGAAGGGACGACUUCAGCGAACGCGGUUGAAGCUGAGACGGAAGCGGAGCUUGAAGAAGCUGGAGUUUGCAUUUUAGAGAUGAAGGAUCUGCCGGGGAUUUUCAGCAAUCGGUAAGAUUGCAUCUAUACUUUAGGGCAAUUCCAACAAUGUAAGGCAGUCAGGAAGUCUGUACAAAGAGCUUCUCACCAUUCCUCGUGAGUAGGGCACCUGCUCUACUCUCCGUACAAUCAAAUGCGAAGAAGUUUCGAUGCCGAUGCCGAGUCUUAUGCGAGCCUUCUUCAUCAAGAUGUCAGGCUUUUCUUCGGGAUCGUCUGAAACGUUCUUACACACAAAAAGUAAUGAUGCCAGACUUCUCCUUUCCAAC